UUGUCAAGUCAACUCCAUUCUCAUUUUGCAUAUUGGUUUAUCCCAAAAAUUUCUCGCAAUUUCUUUUUUUUUUGCUUUGACUUUUCAGUAUUGAAGUUAUAGUUCAGAUAUGCAAGUGUUAUCUUUUGGCGUCGAAGAUUCAAACGGCGCUGUUGGUGAAAUCAGAACAAGAUUAUAAUAAUGACCAGUUGUUGCGGUUUGAGAUCUGAUUCCGUUAUCAUGGAAACCGAGCUGACUAGUAGUACUACUAGAGGAAGAGGUUUUGCUACCAUUUUUGGUUCCAGAGUUAAGCCUAGAUCACUCAGGUUUCAACCUUCUGAUGAAGAUAUUGAGGAUCUUAUCUCCAAUAAUGCUCCAGGAAGAUCUUCCGGAACUGUUUUUCCCUAUGUUGCUGUUGCUUGCAUUGGUGCAUUUUUAUUUGGCUAUCAUCUUGGGGUGGUCAAUGGUGCUCUUGAGUACCUUGCCAAGGAUCUCGGAAUCGCGCAAAACACUGUGCUACAAGGGUGGAUUGUUAGUAUGUUACUUGCAGGUGCUACUGUUGGUUCUUUUACUGGUGGAGCGUUGGCGGAUAAAUUUGGUCGAACCAGGACUUUUCAGUUGGAUGCGAUUCCUUUAGCAAUCGGAGGAUUCCUUUGCGCUACGGCUCAGAGUGUUCAGACAAUGAUCAUUGGUCGUUUGUUAGCUGGUGUAGGAAUCGGUGUUGCAUCUGCAAUUGUACCGCUAUACAUAUCAGAGAUUUCUCCAACUGAAAUCCGCGGUGCACUUGGAUCUGUUAAUCAGAUUUUUAUAUGUAUUGGGAUUCUUGCAGCACUAGUUGCUGGUUUGCCUCUGGAGGGAAAUCCAAUAUGGUGGAGGACAAUGUUUGGAAUUGCAGUAGUUCCUUCUAUUCUAUUAGCACUUGGAAUGACUAUUUGUCCAGAGAGUCCCCGAUGGCUUUAUCAGCAAGGGAAAAUAUCUGAAGCUGAGAAGGCUAUUAAAACAUUAUAUGGAAAAGAAAUAGUAGUUUCGGUUAUGCAGGACUUGACAGCAGCAACUCAAGGUUCUUCUGAACCUGAAGCAGGAUGGUUUGAACUAUUUAGUAGCCGAUAUCGAAAAGUUGUCAGUGUUGGCGCAACACUUUUCUUGCUCCAGCAAUUGGCUGGAAUAAAUGCCGUGGUUUAUUAUUCAACUUCUGUCUUCCGCAGUGCUGGAAUCACUUCAGAUGUCGCAGCAAGUGCUCUGGUUGGUGCAUCAAAUGUUUUUGGCACCGUUAUUGCUUCCUCCUUGAUGGACAAAAAAGGAAGGAAAAGUCUCCUUAUCACAAGCUUUAGUGGGAUGGCAGCUUCGAUGUUACUUCUUUCCGUGUCUUUUAGUUGGAAAGUCCUUGCACCAUACUCUGGCACCCUUGCGGUCCUGGGGACUGUUCUUUAUGUAUUGUCCUUCUCUCUUGGUGCUGGUCCUGUGCCUUCUCUUCUACUACCCGAAAUAUUUUCAUCUAGAAUCAGAGCAAAAGCAAUUUCUCUGUCAUUAGGCACACAUUGGAUUUCCAACUUUGUGAUAGGACUCUAUUUUCUGAGUGUUGUAAACAAGAUUGGCAUCAGCACCGUAUAUUUCGGGUUCUCAACUGUGUGUCUUCUAGCUGUCUUGUACAUAGUCGCAAACAUUGUGGAAACAAAGGGUCGCUCAUUAGAAGAAAUUGAACGUGCUCUUACUCCUACAACUUAGGAUAUUUGCUACACUACUUUUGUUGUUCAUUUUUCUCUUGAUGUACUAACUAAUCAAUAGUUUAUUGGCCUUAUAUAUCCUUUUAUUGAAUUUACUUUAUAAA